CUGCCUUUGGCAUACAUUCGUCUCCCAUACAGGAUACGUGCCCUGGCCAGCGUAACUGCCAGACCAUAAGAAGUCUCUCUAUACUGUCCAUACCGGCGUUCGCAAGGACAUCGCUGUUUCGUUUGGGACUAGUCAUUUGUGGGCUAAUCACUGCAUUGCCUCCAGCAUGCACAGAGUAUUUUUAAAGUGCUAAUUGACUCGCGCAGACCAAUGCCACUCUUUAAACUAAAUGCAGUUCACAGCAGCGCAGAAGUCUGAGACGGCUGUGAACAACAGAUAGCCGUAGGUGUUAUAUCGGAGUUCCCGUCUCCUAGACUGGCUGCCGAACAAAGUUAUAGAGCCCAGUCUGACCGAUGGCCGAAUUGCUGAUUAGCUUCUACAUCUUUAAGUUAGAUCUCAUCUAGAUCUAACUAGAUCUAGUCCUAGAGUUAGUGAAUACUAGAAAAUCUAGUAAUGAUAGAAGAUAAAAGUGUAGCCCUAGCUAGAAUGAACUACUAGCCUUUUUUAAAAUAAGUAUUUUAUUAGACUUAGUCUUGACUAGAUAGAUCAAUAUAGUCUCCAUAUCUAGAUACGAUCUACGUUGUUUAAACAAUCAUCCGAGAGAAGGAAAACGCCAUAGAUUCCGGCGGCCAUCUUUUAUAUAUUUUAUUCAUAUUGUCGUAACCCUGUUUUUCCCUGACUAAUCUUUUUUUUUUCCACGUGCGAAGUAGAGUCAUUUUUGUUUAUGCUGUUGGGCGUUAAUGACCUUUAACUAGUGUGUAAAUGUGUUAAGAAACUUGAGUUAUGAUUUUUGGAUUUCUUGACUGAGGAUUGAGGAUUGUUUUCUUUAAUUUUUUUGUGUGAUUCGGGAUAUGUAAAUUUCAUUUGGAGAUUGUGACAUUGUUUCUUUUUACCGGGAUUAUGAUUGAUCAUAGUUGGAUUGUGCGUCUGCAAUCAGAGAGAUACCAGCGAUCUGAAAAUCGAUGUGGCCAAUCAGCAUUUUCAAAAAGAAGCCGGUUGCUUGGCUUUUGAUAAUCUUCCUUGCUCUGAGCAUCUUUUGCUUCGUUUCACUUCAAAGCAACAUGAAUAGGCAAACGAGUGUGGAAGUCAAUAAUAUAAAGUCUCGGAAAGAUUUCGGCCAUGAAAGUACCAUGAGAUUGCAAAAGAAUGUGGAAGACAAUAAUGCCAAGUCUCAGAAAGAAUUGAGCAACGAAAGUACCACGAUUAGGCAGAAGAAUGCUGAAGACAAUAAUAAUACAAAGUCUUGGAAAGGUUUCGGCCCUGAAAGUAGCACGAGAUUGCAGAAGAAUGCUGAAGACAAUAAUAAUACAAAGUCUUGGAAAGGUUUCGGCCCUGAAAGUAGCACGAGAUUGCAGAAGAAUGCUGAAGACAAUAAUAAUACAAAGUCUUGGAAAGGUUUCGGCCCUGAAAGAGGGUUGUAUAACUUCACCAUAGUGACCGCGAUGCUGGACAUUGGCCGCGGCAACUGGACAAAGCAAUCCAGACCGUACAACACCUACCUUUCAUACAUGGAGGGGCUGCUGCAGCUGGACGUCAACAUGGUGGUAUUUGUGGAGCCCAAGGGAAAACCUUUCAUUGAAUGGAUGAGAAGGGGCAGGGAGAAUAGAACACGUAUUACGGUCACUACUAUCAAAGAUCUACCAUAUUACAGAUAUAAAGACAGAAUGGCAGAGAUCAUGAACAGUUCAGAGUACAAGAAAAACAACGAACUCGUGGCCCAACAGCUUUGUGAGUCUUACGUUCCGGAAUACGACAUUCUCCAGUUGUCUAAGCUGUAUUUCAUCAACAGAACCAUUACUGAAAAUCCAUUCCAAACAAAUUUCUUUAUCUGGUUAGAUGGAGGCUAUGGCCACGGACGGGACAUCUAUCCAAAAAACAGACUCUGGUUUCCUAAAAAUCUAUUUGAAUUCGCGGAUCGGGCAACAUUUAUGGAGAGAACCCCUGGGGUGAAGAACCUUGAAGAGAAGCAAAAAAUUCUUCACAAACUUAGUGUCAACGCCAUGCCUGGUGGUUUCUUUGCAGGUGGCAGCAAGAUUUUGUCAGCUCUCUAUGCCUUGCAAGUGCGACUUGUUGAAGAGUGGAUGAGCUCUGGAAUAGUGGACGAUGACCAGACAGCCUAUAUGUUACUGUAUUACAAGAACCCAUCCAUGUUUCGUCUAGUGCCUGCAGACUGGUUUGACGUUUUCAAAUUGUUUAAUAGUGAAACAUCCUGACAGAUAAAACGUUGGUAUGUUAACAAGCUGUACAAAAAAGGCUUCAGUCAAAGGAGAAGUUUUUAGAGACUUUUGCAACAAAAAAACAAAGGCAUUUUAGAGACGUCUGUAAUAUAACAAGAUGUAUUCUUAGAAACAUCUGCAUUUUAACUACGCAAAAUCACAGAGUAAAUUAUUUUUCUACAAAAAAAUGGUAAUUUUUGUAACAGAUUUUUUUACUUAGCUUAUGUGGACCACAAGGUCUGAAAGGGAAACUUUAUUUUUUAUGUGGACAAGUCAUUAAAAAGAAAACACUUUUCUCAAAAAGUAGAAGACA